GUUCAAUUUCUCAUUCUCAUCCUCUAACUCUGGCUUUAUUAUAAACCACAUUCUUUAUUUUUUAUUUUGUUUUAUUUUCCCUACCUCAACCACUUUUCAUACGCCAUCUCUGAUUUCUUUUAUUGAGCGCUUUAUACAUCUCAAUGUCACCACCUAGAAAAGACCUUACAGCAGAAGAGUUAGCUCUUGAAGCUAUGCUUGAAUCCCGCCUAGAGAUCAUUGCUUCCCGCAUCAGUGCGUUCCAUAAGGCAUCUACACAGCUCCUUUCUGAAACUAAAGAGCUCUACAGCUCCUUUGACGCUAAAGCCAAACGCAUGUAUGUCAUCGAAGACUUUCUGCUUCGACUUCAAGGCAAACCAGGCUUAUCAAAACAACUCCUUGUGAACGGUCACCAGCCUCGCCAAAAUUUGGGAAUUGGUAGCAGUGAGAUUGAGGAAAUCAAGAUGGGUGUCAAGACGCUGAGGAGGAAAUUCCAGGCAGCAGGUACAGCUGUGUCUGCAGUUGGAUGGUGGAGGCAUCUUAAGGACAAGGCAAACACUGGUAUUACUGUCACAGCAACACUUCCGGAUGAGACAGCAAGCAGUGUUACUAAUAAGAGCGAGACGCCGGCCAAGUUGUCUGUCGAUACAUCCAUGUCAAUGAUAGCCACCACCGCAACAGAGGCACCCUCAUCACCAUCAUCAUCACCACCACCGUCAUCUGCAGCGAGCACGCCUCUCGUUCCUUUGAAGUAUCCAUCUCCAAAGACAUUGCUCUCCCCCACAUCACCUUCAACCAAGAAGCGCAACCCUGUGAAUCUACAACAGAUCUUUGCUCCUCCAGCGAACGCGACUGCAAAGCAACUCCACCAACAUUAUCUGAAUUCCCCCAGCACUGAACGUGCGAAUCCAUCUUUGGGAUUGGUAUCUCCACCGAUGUCCCCUAAUGCAACUGGUAUGCAAUCACCAACAAGCGGAGGUGGUCUCAUGCGUAGCUUCAGCCUGCGUUCAUAGUUGAUAGCUUUCUCAUGUAGCUUUUAUAGAUAAAUAUUAUUGCUCCUAUACUCCUAUAC